AUGUCGAUUAUCGGCCAACACUGUCUUACUGCGAUGUUUCAUACAACGCGAUGUCGUUGUUAAAACAUCGAUGUUCGUUUCUUUACAUCGAGAAAUCGAUGAUCGUCGAGCAUCUCUUAUUUGGAUUCAGUCAACUGUCAAUUGCGUUUCUUUUCUAACUAAUUCUAACCUAUAAAAUAAACCUAAAAUAUUUACACCGGCCUAUUUUGCAUCCCUUCACAGAUAAGCACAUACUAGUUAUACGUACAUCCCUUCGGAAACUGGAACUCUGAACUUUGCUGGGAUUUUUGAUUACCAUUUUGGUUGCCAUUGUGGACUGUGAAGUACAGUGUUUUUGUGAACUUUGUUGGAGUUCUAUACUGUUGAAUUGGGUUGGACAUUUAGAAACAAUUUUACUCGAAGAGAACGCCUAUAAGGAUGUCGUCUGUAAACUUAACCACUGAACAGUUCCAAGCAGCUAUGUGUAUGGCUGUGGCUGAUACAGUAGCUGCAACUGGCGUGAAGAAAGGAUCAUUCCUGAAUUGUACACUAACGUUUGAAGGCCGUACGGACUAUUGGACGACUAUAAAUUUCCUAUCUGCCGUUGAAGCGUUUAAAGCUGUUGAAUGCAUAUCUGAUGAAGAUGCCCUCACUUCAAUUCCGUUGCUUCUCAAAGGUGACGCAGGAACAUGGUGGCGUAUUGUUAGAGAUGAGAUUACUACGUGGGAUGAUUUCGUAAAGAGUUUUAAAUUCAAUUUUGCACCUCAAAAAGCAGCUUACAUUUUGUACCAAGAAAUAAUGAGUGAAAAACAGGGUAAUGAAGCCACAGAGACAUUCAUAUUCCGGAAAAGAAUGCUGUUUCACCAGUUGCCUGAGCCUAAGCAUUCAGAACAACAACAGAUAGAUAUGUUGUAUAUGCUCUUGAGUUUUAGGAUCCGAGAAAGGAUACCACGCCAUUCCAUCAACACUUUUGAUGAACUUGUAGAAGCAGCAAGAAGAGUAGAACAACUAUUGCAGGAGAAAGAUAAGCUUGAAACUGACGAGGCUGAUGCUCCAGAGGCUCCAAUAACUCCUCAACUACCUUCAGUACAUCGUAAGAAGAAAUGCUCAUAUUGCCGUAACUCUGGACAUAAAGAGAGCGAAUGCAAAAAAAAGAAGAAAAAGUCCUCUGUAGUUAUAGCAGAAGACAUUCCUUCGACUAGUGCACAACAUACAGUCGAAGAGGUGCAUGCGUCACCUCGGAAGCAACCAAAAUUUUCCUGCAUUGGAUGCGGGGCGCCUGGUGUCUAUCGUAGUAAUUGCCCGACAUGUAGAAACAAGUUGGUCUCGCCAGAGUCGCCACCGCCGCAUGAAAUACAAUUCUGGACUGUGAAUAUAAACACUGACACAAGGGCUCGCCCUGUGGUCUUCAUUGAAAUCGAAGAUACAACUAGCAUUGCUUAUAUUGACACAGGUGCUAAUGCAAAUAUCGCCUCACCCCAAUUGUAUAGCCAACUUUUGAAGAAGGGAUAUAAGUUUAAACAAGAAACUCUUGAUAUCACUUUGGCUGAUGGAAUACCAAAACUGUACCCUGUCUUAGUAACAGAGGUGACAGUGAGACUGUGUGGCAAGGAUACACAAACCACUUUCUAUGUGUUGUUGGAGUCCAAAAAUAACCUGACACUCUUGGGUAUUGAGUUUAUUCAGGCCGCUGGCAUUGUUCUCAAUUUUGCUCAAAUGACAUGGAACUAUGUAGAUCAAAACGGAACUUAUGAGUUGUUUGAAGAAGACUCUGUUACUGUUUCUGAUAAGAUGAGGGAUUCAGGCAUCGAAACUACACCUGCGGUAUGAUCUGUUUUGCCCAUUUGUCUAGUUUUUAUGUUACUAAGCUGAAGAUUGAUUUGAUAGAUUGUUAUUUCUUUUUUUUUUUUUUUAACCCCUUUUUGCGCGCAAUCUAUCACCCUUGGAUAAUAAGCACUUCUUGUGGUGUAUAGGUAUCAUUUUAGGUAAGCGACCAGUGUCGCUUCCUAUUUUGGGCCUUAGUUGGCUAGAUCCUGCGGCAGCCUCCUUCUUAGUCUUAGUUGUGUGUGCUCAUCCAUGAGCGGCCUGGCCAGUAUAUUAGGAUGGGCUGUUAUUCUGUUUUUGUAAGAGCAGCUUACAUUUUUUAACUCUUCACUUACUGUUAUUUCUUUUAAUUUGAUUUUAUUAGUAAUAAUAAAAGUGUGAUAUGUAGUAGUAUUCGCUAAGCAUAAAAUAUAAUUUUGAUUUUGUAUUCAUUCCUUUUGCUUCAAUUUACUCUCACUCCGGAAUAACAUCUAUCAUUUGGUGUUUGUGAAAACAACAGGGUGUUAUACAAUAUUCCUAUUAGUCUUUAAGCAGUUUUCGGAAAGCCCAAGCCGUCAAGUGUACCACUACACUUAUAACUGAAGUGGGACUCUAUUGUGCUUCCUGCAACUGGACUUUCAAAACCAAAUUUGGUUUUGCUAGUCGUGCACGCGCCCUUGCAAGAGCCCAGGCUAACUACCAGGCUAUACCUACCUACCCAGAAGUAGACAUAUAGAGUAUAGGAGCAGGUAGAAGUUUACUGUUUUAGUUAUGUUUAGUUUUUUUUUCUGUUUUAUUUCAUUAGCGUAACUUAUAUUUUGAGUAAUAUGUCUUUGUCCUAUAAUUGUUUUUCAAGUGAUAUAAAAGUAUGACUUUGUA